AUAUUUUUUUACACGUGACUUAGUAGCUAUUGGUUAUCAAUGUGUCAAGCUUGGGACACAUGGCAUGAUCAAAUUUGUGUAGAGUGGGAAUUCCAUCUCCUAUCAAAUAACGGGGCAAAUGUCUGUAAUGAGCACCAAUAUUGUUGCUGGGUAGGCCUACAUGUCGUCAGUUAAAAAGGGAGCCAGUUCAGUAGCCUAUCACCAAGUCUUUUGAGAGCACUUCCAAUAGGCUACUUUGUAUCCAUGCACUGGGUAUCAGUGGGGAUGAAAAUUACAAUGCAAAUUUACAUGCACUAUUGCCUGACGUUCAAACUUCACACAUAAGAAUCGAUUAACGUUACUUCAAGUUCAUAAUGACGUAUACAAAUGGUGCGAUAGAGGCAGUGAUCAAAAGCCGGGUGACUAAGAACCUAGUGGUUGACAAUCUUUCACGAUGUAAAAAUGUUUUGCAUAGCAACAGCCCGCCUCCCCUCUCCAAUUUGCAGGGAUCCUCUAUAUUUUUCCUACUGAAAAAUAAAACGCAUCUUGUUCUUUAAAAUAAAAAAAUAUGUACUUAAAAAAACGCUGCCAUUAAUAUCACUGAGAUGUUUUUACUUUCUGCGCGCCACUGUAUCAGGCGCGUACUAUAGUGCGCGCUAUUUGGAGCUGGAAGGAUCGCUAGUGUAGUGCUGUGGCCAUGAAAGGGUUAAUUUUUUCUCCCGGAAAGGGCGAAGUCUGCACAGCAACAAGCGCCAUGAUUGCGUUGCACUGUGCGUCUCAGCAGCUGAACACCAUGGAGCUUCUAGAGGAGGACCUGACUUGCCCAAUUUGCUGCUGUCUCUUUGAGGACCCCCGAGUUCUGCCGUGCUCACACAGCUUCUGCAAGAAGUGCUUGGAGGGGAUUCUGGAGGGGAACAACCGAGGAGCUGUUUGGAGACCCCCGUUCAAAUGCCCCAGUUGCCGCAAGGAGACUCCUCAAAACGGCAUAAACAGCCUCCAGAUCAACUACUCGUUACGUGGAAUCGUUGAGAAAUACAACAAGAUCAGAGUGUUACCCAGGAUGGCCCUGUGCAAACACCACAGUGGUCAACCGCUUAAUAUAUUCUGUGCCACAGACUUGAAACUUAUUUGUGGAUUUUGUGCAACAACUGACGACCAUAAAGGACAUACAUUCUGUGCCCUGGAAGACGCGUACGAGCAGGAGAAAUCCGCAUUUGAGGAGCUGUUCCAGGGAGUGGAGAGCUGGCACAGCACGGAUAUUCUAUCCUGCCUGGAGACGCUGGAAGCCAGUAAGAAAAAGGCGCUCCAGUUAGUUUCCAGGGACGCAGAGAAAGUAACCGACUAUUUUGUCAAACUGAUCAACGCCCUGGACCACAAAAAGAACGAGAUCCUCUCCGAUUUCGAGACGCUGAAGUUGGUGGUGAUGCAAGCCUACGACCCAGAGAUCAAUAAAUUGAGCGAUGCGUUGGAGGAGCAGAAGCGUGCUCUCAGCAUCGCCGAGUCCUUCAGGAAUGUGACCGACCCCCUUUGCUUUCUCGAGCAGAUGCAGGAGUUCAGGGAGAAGUUGCGCGUUGUCCGGGAAACGCCGCUGCCCUCCCGGACAGACAUGGACGUCGGUCCCCUGGUCAGGAAUUUCGACGUCAAAAACUGGGACUCGAUGAAGCUCAAAGAUGUGGACAAGCUCUCCGUUCCGCACGAGAGUGGCGUGUAUAGCUCAACGACCCCGCAUUCCGGUGGCAGAGCGCUGGGGAAAGUCAUCGUGUUUUUUGUGUGCCUUUUAUGCACCCUGGUUCUUCUGCAGCCGGACAGCCUGACCGCGGUGUCAGCCCAAAUCUCCUCGCUCGGCCAUGCCUACCUGCCAGUGCUGGCUGGAUGGCUGGAACUGGCUCACGGUGCGUGGCAGUGCUGGGGAGAGGUAGUGGAUGCCUGCGUUGCCUGGUGGAUGCGUUUUUGAACUGUAUCCUGAACCUCUAAGACACCUGCCGAUUUUCUUGACCGCCUUGUAAACACAACUAGCGAAUUUCUUAUCCGUUGUAAAUUUCUUUAGAUUUCCGAGUGUUAUUUUUGCUACAUGGAUCUGAAGCAAGCUAUGUCCAAGCUAUAAGUAGAUUUAUAGCAAACACUAGAAAUCUAAUCAAGUAUUUACAAGCACAUAUGUAUCAUGCUUUGUGAAUGUAUUUAUAUAUAUCUAUAUAUCUCCUAAACGUAGAACAACAAUACAACACUAAGUUAAAUCAAAACACUAUUGCAGUACAUUAAAUGUUAUUUGAGAACAGCUAUUUUGGUGAGUGUUAAGCAUCAACUCUGACCAGUAGCACCAUCCAUCCUUCUCCAAGCCAUAUGAUCGAUCACACAGGUCAUAGUCUGUCACCUCAGGAUAUGUUUUACUAUACAUUCCACAGGCUAGAUUAUGUAGGAUAGGCCUAAUAUUUACAUCGAGUUUAAGUGUCUGAGUGUYGUUUAUUUUUGCCUUACUUUUAAUGACCAUCUGUUGAGUUGUCAUAAUGCCUCUGUCACCAGACUCAUUUUUUGCCAAAUAAAACAUAAAUUUGGUCUUUUCCGUCA